AUGCGUAUCCUCGCUCUCUGCCUCAUGCUCGCCAUGCCGCUGUUCUCGUUCGCUGACUGUGGUUGUGGUGCUAAAUGCGCCACCUACACUGAUGUUUCCAAAUGUACUCGCUGUUGCACGACAACCGUAAAAAGAAGUCUUAUUAUGGCAGCACCACGACGUUCACAUCGAUUCCUUCUACCUGGCACAUCACGUCAAAUUCGCAUACCAAUGUGGCUUCAACCAGCUGCCACAGUCCGUGAGGCGUCACCGAUUCUGAAGCAUCGACGUCAUCGUCGUCCAGCACGACGAUACAUUCUCGAUGAUAUUCUCGCAGCUGCAAUCGGCGCAAGCUCUACCUCGUAG